AUGGCUUCAGAGAAUUAUGCAAUUCAGCAGAGACCACCUCGACCUGCUUGUCGGCUUUCUGGUGUGGCUAACGAAGCUGUUGCCACCUGCGUCCUCCUGAUUUUAAAAUUUCUGUUGUCUGGGAUUGCUAAUGUCAUGACCACCUCACUGGAGAUGCUUAAAAAGAAUUUUCUUGUUUCUUCUCUUUUGCAGCCAGACAGAAUUAUCAAAUAUAAACCAGUCUAUAAAGGCCUGACCGGGAAGAGAAAAAGACCCAAACUACAGUUUAAUGAUUGUCUGAAGGAAAUGAUCUGCGAGUUUGUGAAGAUGAGAAUCCUCCAUGACUACCUCGGCCACCCGUGUCACCGAGGUAUGUACUACGACCACAUGGCACGACAACUUCACGAGAGUUUCAUGCUGAAGAAGAGCGAACGGGUAAUGGGACGUGAGAAAAUAAUUAACGAGAUUGAAGAAUACAUUGUCCAAGAGAAAAGAGACGUACCUCUUAUUUUGGUGGGUGGAGCUGGUUCAGGCAAGUCUUCAGUUCUGUGCAAGGCUGCAGCUCUUAUUUCUAAAAAGGCUAGUGAGGAUCUGAAAAGUGCAAGUGGAAAGUCUUGGCAUGUCUUUUACCAUUUUGUUGGCGCCGUACCAGGUUCUACAACCGUUGAGGUCAUGCUCAAAAGACUACUUCGAGAAAUGGACAGAAUUAAUGACUCCAAUAUGCCGCCCAAAGAUCUUGACGCCACAGCCCAGAUGUGUUGCAGUAUGUUGUCCAACCCAAACACACGUCCUCUCAUUAUGUUUGUCGAUGCCCUCAACCAGUUUGUUGAUGACCAGGCUGCUCGGGUACUGAGUUGGUUGCCACGGAAACUAGCACCACAAGUUCGAAUAAUUUUCUCAUCCAUAGGCAAAUCCCAGCAACACCUAACUUUGGUCAAUCGUGAGACGAAACCGAUUGAAAUACACAUAACUCCACUGGACGUGGAGUCGCGUAAGGAUAUGGCUCGGGAUUUGUUGCAGUCCGAUGUAGGGAACGAAAUUUGUUUAUCUGAUGACCAGUUAAAUGAUCUGAUGACCAAAGAAUCGUCCGAAAACCCUCUCUGGCUUGCUGUAGCUUGCGAGGAAUUGAAACAUGUAAAUAAUGGUGAAAUUAAUCAAAAGAUUAACGAUCUCCCAAAUGGUUUGCUCAAUCUGUUGGCUGAGGUUUUGACCAGACUGGAAAACACUCCACAAGGCAACCUCAUCACUGCAACACUUUGUCUUCUUGAAGCUUCUUCUGUUGGACUCUUGGAGUCUGAAUUACGUCAGAUAUUGGGGAACGAGGCCACCCUCAUGCCUCCAUCACCUUUUGAUGAAAAAGAAGAGAAAGAAAGUUCUGAGAAAGAAAGUACCAAGCACUGCCAGAGCUUGCCAGAAGAGAAAUGGCAAGAAGUUUAUUCAACCCUGAAACCAUUUCUACGACCUUAUGGAGACAGCAAGGAAGGAAGGAUUGACUUCUACCAUCGGGCAGUGAGCAAAGCUGUGAGAAAAAUCUAUUUCGAGCCAGAAGAAAGUGAACUUGAUAAAGGUCGAUCAUAUUAUUGGUGGCACAAGAAACUUGCAGACUUUUUCCAAAACACACCGAAUACAGACCGUAUGAUAGAAGAAUAUCCCUACCAAUUGGUCUGUCUUGAUGACACUUACCGAUUAUCCAAAUGUCUCUGUGAUUGGCGUAUCUUUGAUGUCCUUUAUCAUGAAGAAUACAGCUCUGUCUUGUUGUCUCUCUGGAGAAAGGUCGGUACCUCCAAUGUGAUGGUCAGUGCAUAUGAAAAGGCACUCAGUGAAUUCGAAGAAGAUGAAAACAUCAUGGAAGAAUUGGUCUCCAUCCGAUAUGAAAAAGUCUGCAGAAAAUUGAAACUGAAUGAUUUUGUGUCUCCGAGCCAGCUUCCUGAUCUAAGGAAAGCCAUUUCUUAUGGCAAGAAAGCCAUUGCGUUGCGGAAAAAGCUCAGUGGUCGCUACCAUAAGUUUAAGCUAGGGAUGAGCCUUAUGAAGCUAGCAUUCAACAUGGAAAGUUGGGAAGCGUGUGGUGGCAGCACCGAAAUGCCUGGAAGUGAAGCAUUAGCUGAGGGCAACCGUUGUAUUGAUGUGGCCAUAAAGAUAUUCCAAGAGCUGAACGACAUUGGUCACUAUGCCGAAGCUUUGAUGACAAAGGGAGUUCUAGCAACACGAGGUAGCAUGGAACAGCUGAAAUUGUACAACCAAGCGAUGGACCUGUGUAUGCAGAUGUACGGCGAGUAUCACAUUCUGACUUCAAGACUUUACAUCAAUAUUGGGAUCGUCUACGAAGACAAUAAGGAAUAUCGGAAAGCAUACGAGUACUUCAAGAAGUGGGCGAGGGUCAGCGAAGAGAUUCUGGGACCUGACCAUCCGAAAACACGCCGAGCAAAGGGUGUCCUCCAGGAGACACGGUACAGAAGGAUCGCACAGGAGCUUGGUGAAUGGGACUACGACGGGGACACAGAUGGUGGCGAGUCCUAUGACGACGACGACGACGAAGAUGAUGAAAUGGAAAACCCCGACCUCGAGCACUACUACGACGACGCCAUCAGCCGGCAAACAGACAGUCAUCGCAACCAGUACAGGCUAGCAGCGGCAGCAGCGGCUGCAGCAGCUGUGGUGGUGGACAAUACGGAAAUUGAAGCAAUGGAGGACAGUGUCGAAAGAGCAGAGCUGGAUAACAGGGCGGACAACACCGUCGGAAGUAAUUCCGAAGAUGAUGACGACGAUGAUGACAGUGACCAUGGGAACUUUGAGUAUGUCGUCGGACAGGAAAGGCCCGCAACGCGCAGAUAUUUCAGCAACAACAGCAGUAGCAGCGUCAGUGGAUUGGACAGUAACAAUCAGCAUCAUCAUCAUAUUGACCGCAACAACCGAAGACACUCGUUCGAUUAUGCGUUUGAUCUGGACGAUGAUGACGACUCCGACCGAGAGCACUCGGACAACGAGAAUUUCUUUGACGACAACUGCGAGGACUAUGAUGAGCAGUACACGCUUCUCGUUGACCAUAUUCCUGCCAUUGAAGAGGUCAGUGUCCGGCUUGACCGGCAAGCUGACCAGUGUGGUGGUGACGUCACCCCAUCGGCUGUGGUCAGUGAAUUCAUCGACGAUAACAGAUAUGCUGACGAUGACACCGAGCAGGACACUGACUUUAGUGACAUUGUUUGUCCGGAGAGUUACAUAUCUGGUCAUUUCCAGGAUGGUGUAAGAUAAAGAGAACACAUAAGUGUGUAUGUGUGUGUAUAUAGAUGUGUGUGUGUGUGUAUAUGUAUAUAUACACAUACUGGAAAAAAGACAAAAUAGAUAUAUACACACACACGAAAUGUAUUUAUGUAUGUAUAUAUAUAUAUAUAUAUAUAUAUAAACACGUGAUACAUGUAUCAAAUGUGGGUGUAUAUAUAUAUAUAUAUAUAUACACACAUACACUGGAAAAAAAGGAAAUGUUAUGUAUAAACAUAUACAUAAAGCAUGUAUUGGUGUAUAUAUAAACAUACAUGUGCGUAUAUAUUUAUAUACAUGUAGAUUUAUAUAUAUAUAUAUACACACACACACACACGUACAGAAGUAUAUAUGAUAUAAACACACACACACACACA